AGGAUAACUUCCAUCAAACUGAUGUUCUAAUACCGUUAAUUCACGCCCACAGAUAAAUUUGGGUAUUGAAAUAAAGAUUAGGGGAAAGGGGGAGUUUUGAGAUUUUGAUUGUCAGAUCUCUAAUUCACUAUAGCAAUUGCCGCCUUCAGUUAAUCUCGAUUUUAGCAAUCUAUCAGUAUUAGAAAUAAUGGGGGCACCUAAGCAGAAAUGGACUCCAGAGGAAGAAGCAGCUCUUAAAGCUGGAGUCCUUAAACACGGGCCAGGGAAAUGGCGUACCAUCCUGAAGGACCCACAAUUCAGUGAAGUUCUCUAUCUGAGAUCCAAUGUUGAUCUGAAGGACAAGUGGAGGAACAUGAGUGUCAUGACAAAUGGAUGGGGCUCGCGGGAGAGGGCCAGGUUGUCUCUAAAAAGGAUGCAUCCUACCCCCAAGCAUGAAGAGAGCUCUAUGGCUUUGUCCACUUUUAGUCAAAGUGACGACGAACUAGUAGAUGCGAGGUCUCUUGAUCCUUCAGGAGGUUCUUCACCAAAUGAUGGGCCAAAGAGAUCUAUCAUGAGGUUGGACAAUCUCAUAUUGGAGGCGAUAAGCAACUUCAGGGAGCCUGGUGGCUCUAACAAGACAUCAAUAGCUGCAUAUAUAGAGGAUCAAUACUGGGCACCUCCAAACUUUAAGAGAAUAUUGUCUGCAAAGUUGAAGCAUAUGGCUGCAACUGGGAAACUUAUCAAGAUGAAACGCAAGUAUAAAAUAGCCGGAGCCUCCACAUUAUCUGAACAAAGAAGGAAUCCAUCUAUUUAUGUGGAAGGAAGACACAAGAUGUUUCCAAGAAUUGGCCAUUAUGACAUUAGUCAUAUCACAAAAUCUCAGAUUGAUGUAGAGUUAGCCAAGAUGAGGAGUAUGACUCCACAAGAAGCUGCGGCAGCUGCUGCCCAAGCAGUUGCUGAUGCAGAAGCCGCAAUGGCUGAAGCUGAAGAGGCAGCUCAUGAGGCUGAGGCUGCAGAAGCUGAUGCAGAAGCAGCCCAGGCUUUUGCAGAGGCAGCAUUGAAGACACUGAAAGGAAGAAACACCCCCGACAUGAAGAAUGUACAGAUGAUUCCUGCGUGAUGGGGUUUAAUCUGAUCACUAGCCGCUUACAGAUCCUCUCAAACAAAACUUGGUUAACUGUCUUCCAUGGACAUGAGAUCUUUCAUGUAAAUAUAGCAGCACGAUAUUUAGCCUACAACAUGAGGGAGGGGAGGUGUUCCCAGGCGAGCCUGACGCCGUCACCAUUUUUUGGGGUGAUGCUGAUUCAUUCUAUGGUUAAAUUAGUGGAUGAGAGACGUUUGCUGGGAAAAAAUGAAAAGAGAAAGAUGUGUCUUUUAAUAGCUUAAGAUGGUAGAUUUGUGGUUAAGAUUGUUGUAGCAGACUGCUGUAUGUCCUUUCUUGUUGUAUGAAUGUAUUAACAAUAAUAAUGCUAAUAAUAAAAGCAUGAUGGAGCGAAUAUAAUUCGACUA